CCAACUCCCAUUGACAAAGGUGGGGGCGAGGAGGAGCCAUGUUCCUGAGCCCUGGCAAGGGGCCAGCUGCCAGGGGUAGGUGGCUCCGGUCAGGUGACGAGGCCCCUAAGAAGAAGCACCGGAGGAACCACACCACCUUCACCACAUACCAGCUGCACCAGCUGGAGCGGGCAUUCGAGGCCUCCCACUACCCAGAUGUUUACAGUCGCGAGGAGCAGGCGGCCAAGGUGCACCUGCCCGAGGUGCGUGUGCAGGUGUGGUUCUAGAACCGCCGGGCCAAGUGGCGCCGCCAGGAGCAUCUGGAGUCUGGCUCUGGAGCCAUAGCUGCCUCGCGGACCCCCAAGGCUCCAACACUGCCAUGCCUUGGGCCUUACCCUCCCUCCAGCCUUACCACUCCCCGGGGUCCCUGGCUGGGUCCUGGGACCCCUGCUGUGUAGGGCCUCCUGCGCCUUCUGGGCCCGGGCCUGGGGCUGCAGGCAUCCUUCGGGCCCCAUGCCUUUGGUCUAGCCUUUGCAGAUGGCUUCAUUCUGGAGGAGGAGUCCCUGAGGCUGCUGGCCAAGGAGCAUGAGCAGGCUCUGCUGGACAGAGCCUGGCCCACAGCUUGAGCCUGGGCCCCAACCUGAGUCUGAGCCCCAAGACUUCCUCCUCAUCCUGAGGGCUAGGGACAUGCCAGGUGACGACUACC